AUGUCUGCCCAGUCUUCAACAUCAGAUGCGCGCCCCUGCCUGUUCUCCAGAGGGAGGUUGCAGUUGGAAGUCUACACUUGGAGGAUCCAAGAAGCUGUUCUGGCACUGGAGCCUGACCCAGAUAACUUCACCAAGGUCCGUUGGGAGGAAGGCUUGCGCCGGGAGAUGUUUGCCGUCAGGGGUAUCUGUGGCGACCUCGCUUCUGCACCCAUUAGCAUUGACGUCAAGGCAAUUCCACGCCCCACCACCCUCGUUCCUCGUCCUAAGAACCUACUCGAGGAUUCACCCGACUACUGGUGGAAAUGGGAUCGUCAGGUUGGGCCAGCGGGGAGCCCUAUGGAGGCCUGGUGGUACAAACUUGGUGAUCCCUGGGAGAAGGUGUACACCGUCUCCGAGUCUACACUGGUGCAGCUUGAACAGCUGCAUGUUCGCGUCGUGAACCUCACUAGUUGGUUGCACGAGAGGACAGAUCAGAACCUGGAUGUGGUGCUGGAAAAGCUGCAGGAGGCGACGCGGCAGCUGCGUGAGUUAGGAAUGUAA